AUUGAAAAGAAAAAAUAGAAUGGAAAAAUCUGCAUUCAUAGUCAAAGUGCUCGAGAACCAGGAGCCCUGGGAGUUGCAGAUGCCGCUGGUGGCGCGCAGGAGCAUUCCCAAAAAUCCCUGGCAAGCUGUUGCAGACAUCGUGGGCUUUGAGAUGUAUUAUUCGCGCUUCUUUCAGCCCCUUGAGGUACCUAAAUCCAUUGUGCAAUCGGAACAGUCGGUUAAGAUUGAACCGCCGCCAGAUAAAACUGGCAACUACAUUAUCGUGGAUGACGUCAGUGAAGUCGCUUCAGCCUUUGAGGUUAUGGAUGGGAAAUUUCAACAUAGUUUCUUGCCACAAAUAGAGGCCUUGGGCCGGGCAGAAAUAUCGAAAUAUCGCAUCGAGGAGAACGAGCUGGCCCUGCCAGCGGAAGAUGCUUCACUGUUUAAGGAGGAUGAACAUCCAAUGGAUAAUGAAGACUUCACCUUUUUGGUGGGUCUGUAUCCUGACAUCAAGGCACUUUCUGGCCUGAGCAGACUAGAAUUCCGCUUCGGGGUUUGCCGUCUCUUGCAUGAGGUAACGCACCGCCGUACCUCGGGAUCGGAUUCCACAUCCAGUGUCUAUUCAGGGGCUGCUCUGUUCGAGGAGGAAACCUAGCCUUCGAACGAUUAACAAACAGAAUGCAGAACACACACACAUACAUAAAUCACACACGAACCUACAGCAAUACAGGCCUGCGGUCUAUACAGCAAGAACCCCACAUAGAUUUCAGAGAAAUCACAUAAAUAGCAGCUAGCCAUUUAUCCAGUUGACUCUAACCAGUCAAUAGGAAUUCGGGCUCAACUCUAGCACCUUCUAUUAAAU